AUUAUUUUUAAUUAAUGGAUAAAUUAGAAUUUUCUAUUGUUUGGGGAGUACCAUCAAAGAUCAUUUACUAAGCUCUUCUUGAUCCAUUUGAGAUUAUGUAAUAUACAAGAGCACCUGCUGUUGUUGAACCAAAGGAAGGAGGAUAAUAUAAAAUUAUGGAAGGAAGAAUUGAAGGUGUAUUUAAUAAAUUAGUAUAAUAAAAUAAUAAUUAGGUUGAAAAUUAAGAAAUCUAAAUGACAUGGAAAUUUAAUAAUUGGAAAUAAUAUUCAAAUGUUACUUUAAGACUUAUUGAAAGGGAAGAUAGUUGUGAAUUAAAAAUCAUAUAAACCAAUUUUCCUUAAGAUAUUGAAAAGGUUAAAUUAGAAGAUGGAUGGAAGAAUCAAAUAUUCAUUCCCAUGAGCAAAAUUAGAGGUUACCCUAUUGAAGAUGAUGAUUGAUCAUAUUUUAAUGCUGUUCAAGU